GCCCGUUGACUUCACAACCGACUGGAGCAACCAGACAAUCUGUUCUUCUCUGUGGACUAGCUUUUCUGUCUCUAGGUUCAGCCUCCUUUGAAGCAUGAGUUCCCACCAGCAGAAGCAGCCCUGUGUCCCACCUCCACAGCUUCAGCAGCAUCAGGUGAAACAGCCCUGCCAGCCUCCUCCCCAGGAACCAUGCAUCCCCCAAACCAAGGAGCCGUGCCACACCAAAGUGCCAGAGCCCUGCCACCCCAAGGUUCCGGAGCCCUACCCCAAGGUUCCGGAGCCCUGCCACCCCAAGGUUCCGGAGCCUGCCCCCCUAAGGUUCCGGAGCCCUGCCACCCAAGGUUCCUGGGUUCCGGAGCCAUGUCCUUCACCAGUCGUCCCAGGGCCAGCUCAGCAGAAGACCAAGCAGAAGUAAUGUGGUCCACAGCCGCGCCUUUGAGGAACUGACCACCAGCUGCUGAAUCUCCUCCAUCUGCUUCUGUUGCCCCGUUUGCAGUUAGUGUGCCGUCACCUGAA